AUGGAAACCUUCAACGGUGAAGCCUACGAUGUCCCAGACUCGACUGACUGGCUGAACACGCCGCUUUCUGGCCUCAUGGCUGUCGAACAGGCCUUCCGCUGCUACGUUUGUAAAGACUUUUUUACCUCGCCGAUGCUGACAUCUUGCAACCACACCUUCUGCUCCAUAUGCAUCCGACGAUGCCUCUCGGUCGACGGCAAGUGUCCGCUGUGCCGGGCGCUCGACCAGGAGUCCAAGCUGCGUGGGAACUGGGCAUUGCGAGAGGCUGUCGACGCUUUUGUCGCUUCUCGAGACACUAUACUGCGGUUUGCCAGAACCCCGGCUGUCACCGCAGUGCCGAGAUCCCCAAAGAGAAAGGCUGCCGAGGUGGGAUAUACACAAGACGAGAACAGUCAAGAUGUCAAGAGACAUAGGACUUCCUCGAGGCUGAGGUCAAGCAAGGCAAGGGGUGCUGAGGCAACGGCAGAGAUGAUGCGCGAUGAGGUUGACGUGCCCGACAGCAGUGACACAGCCGACUUCGAACCAGGAGAUGGCCUUGUAGCAUGUCCAAUCUGCUGGAUUCGGAUGAAACCCAUGCAAGUGGAUAAACACCUCGAUACAGCAUGUCCGGGGCCGCCACAGUCGCAGCUGCAGCCGCAGCACCAGCACCAGCCGGCCUCGGCUUCCAGCAACCGGGGCAACCACGGCUUCCGCCCAGCAGGCUGGCCCUCGCCGCCACCCGCGAGGCUUCCCGAAAGACUGCCAGCCCUCGCCUACUCGAUGCUCAAAGACGGUGCGCUUCGCAAGAAGAUGAGCGAUCUUGGGCUGUCCACGGCUGGUCCGCGCCAGAUUCUCGAGAGGAGACACCAGGAGUGGAUCACCAUUUGGAAUGCAAACUGCGACUCGGCGAGGCCUAAGAAGCGCUCCGAGCUUUUGCAUGACCUGGACGUGUGGGAGAAGACCAUGGGCACCCGCGCUCCAACAACGUCCCGAGCCGCAGCUGUAGGCGCACAGAUAAAGGACAAGGACUUCGACGCCGCCGCCUGGGCCAUCAAGCACGAUACGUCAUUCAAGGAUCUUAUUGCUAACGCGCGCAAGACGAAGAACGAGGCCGAGCAAAAGACUCGGCAGGCGGCCGAGCCCGACGAGGGAAAAAGCUCCCGGGAACCCAGUCAGUCUCGGGCCGAGGGCGAAACGGAGGUAGCUUUCCAGCAGCGGCAUAAUGAUCCGUCAAGGACAGCGUCCAUCUUGAACCUCAUCGAACCGCCGUCAAGCAAGUCAGAGACGCCGAGCCUAGCACCAGAAGCGUGGGAGCAUGGCUACAGCAGCGGACCCGCUGAAAUACCCGUACCCGAUACGAGGCAAGAGCAACAACCCCCAAUGCUCCCUGCUCACCAAAGCCUGCCGUAUCUGCCACAUCUUGAUGCCGUUCAAGACUAUAGGCCGCCUGGCGGAGGCUGA